UUACGCACAUGUCAUCAUCGACGGCAUACAAGGACCGGCCAUCUUCCCUUCCGACUGGGUAUACUUCCGAUGUACAUCAGAGAACUGCGUCCGGAAUUGUCGCGACAUUGAGGACGACUCUGACGACGUUGUCAAUCUACAUAUCGGCCGGGUCUAUGGUGCUGGGCUCGAUCACCGCGAAGAUUCAUGCACACAACUUCGAAACCAGAUGUGCCUACAGAUUCAGGAGGCAUACCGACUUGGCGACCACCGACUCGCAAACAUUGAAAUCACGCCACCACAGACCGACCGGGAGUUGGCACUGUCUGCGAACCUGGUUUAUGUUCCGGAGACCAGUGUAUUCGGGCAUCUCCAUGUGUACAUUGACCACCACACUGGCGAGGAACACGAAGACCCUGGCUGGAAGCCGCCUCGACGUACGAACGGACCACCUACGGAGUCUCUGCCCAAGUACGUCAGGCCGAUAUUCGCGAGGGUACGUAGGGAGGAUGAGUGGUACGAGUGUCGGCGCAUUCUGGUCAAGGAGGAAGUUCUCCCACUCUGUCGGACGCAUCCAAUCCGUGCAGAGCUCGAACUCCAGCAUUUUGGUCGACAUGUAUUCGAGCACGAGUCGGAUCAGGCCAAGAACGAUAUGCCCGUCGUCUCCCUUCCCCACCUCGAUUUCAUUGAUGGUUUCGGUGUGUUCCAAAAUUCGUACCGAACUUUGAUGGGGUUCUACUUUACACCAGCAGGACUUGGUGAAGAGGAACGUUUUCGACCGGGCAGUAUUUUCCCGAUUGCACUUGGGCCUCAUGCAUCUGACUUCGGCGAUGUCAUUAAAGCGCUGAAGACGAAGGCGCAUCUCGACGCCGGUAUCGUCAUGACUAUCCGCGCCGAAACCGUCCGUGUCUGCGCAUUUGCGAUGUGUUACAUUGGCGAUAUGCCUCAACAAGCCGAGAACUCCGGUUUCAAAGGCCCACGAGAACACAAGUUCUGCGGAUGCUGUUUCGCGGCCUCCGGCCAACGCGCGGUCAAUCCCGAUGUCAUGCUCAAGUUCGAUCACAUCACUCACGGCCGGUUCUACAUCGAGACACUGGAGAUGCAGCAGAUGCUGCACCGCUCAUUGCAAACUGCCUCGGAGCGGAAACAAUAUUAUACGCAAUGGGGGAUGGCUGAAGAUAUUCCGGCACUUCCCCGCCUGUCACCGGCCCUUGAUCUGGUCAUGUCACGGCCCACCGACGCAGCACACUCUGAGUACAACGGUCUUGGCAACUUGAUGCACUAUCUCCUUCGGGAUGGCAUUCUUACAAAGUCAGCACGCUCGGAAUAUGCUAUACAGCGUCGGACUUGGCCUUUCCCACCGGGUUGGCCUCGUUUACAGUCACCGGUUCACCAUCUAUCAAGCUACAAGAUGUCUCACCACGCGCAAUGGAUCGUCAUUAUCCCGGCCUUCCUCCUGAACUGGUUAAAGAGGGAGCAUAUUCGGCCAAGGUUUUGGGACCAAGCUAAGAACUUCGAGAAAGAUCCGAUUGAGCUGAUCAUCGAGACUACCGCUGCAAUUGCUAAGAGCACUACCGUUCUGAUGGGGACCCGUGUGUCGCGUCGGGACCGUUACCUCAUGGGCGACAUCAUCUACCGGGCUCGGUACCUUUUCAACCAGCUUUGCCUAUUUGCAGCCGUGGCCUCGACCAGGUCGGCCGCUGCAUCGCAGGCAGGGACUCCGGGAGUCCAUGUUAUCGACGAGCCAGCUCUCCAAGACGGUGUCGCUGAUGAUUCCGGCCGGGCACUUCAGUACCAGAACGACACAUUGCGCCCAAACAUUCAUGCCGCCGUUCAUUUCCCAGUAUUUGCCGAGGAAUACGCUUUACCUAUCAACUGCAACACACUCACAGGUGAAAACUUACACCGACUUAUGUCUGAUUUCCGUCAGUAAUUGUCUCUCACCUGUACCCCUGCCUUGCUUAAGAAACCUUCACUAGAAAACCCGAGACCGUUGGACUUGGCCAGAUCUACGUGGUUUGAUGUUCAGGUCUUGUCGUGAGAUUGUCUGGCUAUGGUGCUUGUACUGAUGUUAGCACCAUGUCUGGAGAACGCCUACCACCAAACUCAAAUGUGUUGGACUUGGCGAAAUUCGUAUGGCUUCGUGUCUGGCUCCUGUCGCGGAGUCUUCUGGCAUUAUGCUCGGAGAAGGCUUACCAGCAAACACGAAACCAUUGACCUCACAGAAAUCCGAGUCUGCGUCGCCCAUGUUUCGCUCGCUUCACCUCAACCUCUUGUGCCGGGUUUUUUCGAAAUAACUUGGUUACCGUCUUACCGUCAG